AUGAUCGUGGAAAUCCUGUACAGAAAAAGACCAGCGCGAAUUACGAAGCCCCCAGAAAAAUUAAAAGAUUAUGUAGUGUACAAUACAAAUGAAGGAUUACCUAAGACGUCUGAUGAAGCUAUAGAAUCUGCUGAAAUUGAAUUCUGGCUACAAGCAAUGACAGAAGAAUUGAGUUCAAUGGAGGCUAAUGAAGUCUGGGAAUUAGUUGAAAGACCUAUCGAUAAGAAAGUUAUUAAAAACCGCUGGAUAUUCUCAAAAAGGGAUGAAAAGGCAGUAUAUGUGGAUGACUUAAUGGUGAUUGGAAAUUCAAAUUCUGAGAUAAAUGACAUCAUCUCUCAACUAUCUAAAUCGUUCACAUUACGAGAAGUCACUCAAACACAAAAAUUUUUAGGAAUAGACAUCCGGCAAGAAUCUGGAAAACUUAUACUCAGUCAAGAAAACUAUAUAACUAAAAUCUUAAAAAACUUUGAAAUGGAUGAAUGUAAACCUAUCAAGACUCCAGGAAUAUUGGGUGAAAAUCUUGAUGACAUAGCAUCUUCACCACCUGUGUCGAAGACAAAAUAUCAAGAAGCAUUAGGUUCAUUGAUGUACUUAGCAACAGGCACAAGGCCAGACUUAGCUUUUGCAGUAAGUAAUUUGUCAAGAUAUAAUCAAGAUCCCAGAGAGAAACACUGGAAAGCUGUAAAGAGGAUAUUUAGAUAUAUUAAAGGAACACAAAAUACUUGUUUAGUGUAUACUUCAGACAAUGGGAAAUUAAAUGCUACAUCAGAUGCAAGUUGGUGUACCACUGAAGAUGGAAAAUCAUUUGGAGGUUAUUUCAUUAAAUUAGGCAAAAAUUUCAUAAAUUGGAAGUGCAACAAACAAAGAAUAGUUGCUCUAUCUACAAUGGAAGCUGAACUUUUAGCAUUCUGCGAAUGUGCAUGUGAAGUUAAAUGGUACAUCUUUUUACUUGAAGAAUUGGGUCAAGAUGAUCUAAUUGACAAACCAAUAGGAAUUAAAACAGACUGUCAAGCAUUAAUAGAUUGGAUUAAAAAAACAAAACAAAUGCUGGGCAUGUUUGAAGAAAAUGAGGAUUUGACCAUCAUAAUGAGCGAUGAAACCUAUUUUCAUCUAAAUGGGCCAACUGAUAAACAAAACUGUAGGUUCUGGGCUUUAGAAAAUUCUCUUCGAUUACACGAGCGACUACUGAACAGUUCAAACGUGACUGUUUAG